AUGGCCUUUAGGAUCUGGCCUGGUAGCGUGAUCCUUGAACACCAACGAGAUGGCAACCGCGCCGUGACCGGUAACGGCGACGGCAACGACCAAAGCUACCAGAAUGGAUCUGGUCGCAUUCCAAAUACAUCUGCCCUGCUAGCACUCUGCCCGUUGCUGUGUCGUGGAGGCUGCGCGGAAGAGACGUCGUCCUGUGCAAAGACGAGAAUUGCGUUGCCGGUCGAGUCACAAGACCAGGCCCAUCAGUCGGUCUAG